AUGUCAAAGAAAGCAAUUCUUACAUUAGAAGACGGUGAAAUUGUCAAACAAUAUUUGAAAGAGCAUGAAAAUUCUUAUGAAUGUCUUGCGUCAAUUAGAAAAUUAACUCAGAGCACAUACGCAAGAUUUACAGACAGACACAUUUAUUAUUACUGGAAAAACCAUCUCAAUCCGCGUUUAUGUCACGAUCCUUUAACGCAUGAUGAAAUAAAUUUUAUUGUUGAACAAGCUCAAAAACAACAAAGAUCAAAAGUUAUUGAUUGGAAAUUCAUAAUCCGUGAUUUAGAAAAGAAAUUUGGCAAACUACAUUCUAUAAAUAAAGUCAGAGACUUUUGGCAUUCAUGGAAUUUUGACCUAACUUUGUAUCAUGAUCAAGAAUGUCACGAUCCCUUAGGAGAUGAUGAAAAAAAAUUUAUUAUUAGACGGGUUCCAAAAUACCAAAAUUCGUAUAUGAUUUGGGAAUCUGUAAUCCGUGAUUUGAAAAAUAAAUUUGGUAAACUUCGUUCUGCAGAUAAAAUUAAAAUGGUUUGGUACUCGAAGCAAAAUAGAAUUCUCGAUAUGGAUUUAUGUCCCGAUUUUUUAGGAGAUGAAAAAAUAUUUAUUAUUCAAAAACAUCGAACAUCGAAUGGUACCAUUUGGAAAUAUGUACUUCGUGAUUUAGAAAAUAAAUUUAGUAAAUUUCACUCCCGGAAUAAUACUUAUUGCUUACAAAAUCGUGAAUUUAAACAACAUUACACCCCUGAAGAAAAAUGUUGUAAUAACUAUGAUGCAAUUGAACCAACUAAAUGUGAAAAAUACAAUGCUGAUUAUUAUGGUGUAUGUCCUAAUUGCAAAAAAAUAAAUACUGGAUAUGCAUGGUGUAAGAAAUGUGAUCCAGGUAAAUUUUUGAGGGAAGGAAAAUCAAGUGGAAACACUGAAAUAAACCAACUAAUUUAUCAAGCGCAAAUCAAGACACAAUCUUAUUACAGUAAUUUAGAAUGGAUAUCUUAUGAUAAAUUUCAAGAUAUUAAACUUGUUGCAGAAGGUGGGUUUGCUAAAAUAUAUUCUGCUAUUUGGCUAGAUGGUGAACCUAAACUUAAUAGAGAAAAAAAGAGGUCUCCUCCAAUUACUAUUGCUUUAAAAAGAAUUAAAGAUACAAAAUUUACGACAGAAGCUUUCGUUAAUGAGAUUAACAUACAUCACCAUUGUGUAUUAUACAAUGCGAAUUUAACGAAAUUUUAUGGAAUAACUAAAGAUCCCGCAACAAAUGAAUUUCUUAUGAUCUUAGAAUAUGCUCAUGAAGGAAAUUUAAGAAAUUACCUUGAAAACAACUUCAUAAAUUUAAAAUGGAAAGAUAAAUUAAAUAUCUUAAUAAGUAUUGCAAAUAAUCUUUUUAAUAUUCACAAAUUAAAAUAUAUACAUAGAGAUUUGCAUAGUGGGAACAUACUUCAAUUUUAUAUCGGUGGUUUUGGUACAAAAAUAACUGAUUUAGGACUUUCACAAUCAAUAACAAAUUCAAAAUCUUCUUGUUGUUCAAACGUUUUUGGGGUUCUUCCUUACAUAGCACCUGAAAUAUUAGAUGGUAAAUCUUAUACAUUAGAAAGCGAUAUUUAUAGUUUCGGAAUUAUAAUGACAGAAGUGUCAACCGGAAAAUCACCUUACAGAAAUGUACCGCAUGAUGGAAAUCUUGCAUUGAAAAUAUGCAAUGGUUUGAGACCAAGAGUAGCUAAAGGGACACCAAAAUGUUAUAUCGAUUUGGUAAACCAAUGUCUUGAUGUAAAUCCAGGAAAAAGGCCCUCUUCAAAAGUGUUACUUAAAACAAUUAGAAAUUGGAGAUUUCCUAACGAUAAUUAUUCCCGUCUCGAAAAAUCUUUUGAUGAACCAGAAAUUCUUAAAGAAUUUAUUGAUGCAGAUAACAUUAUGUUUAAAAAAUCCUUUCCUGAAAUACUAAAACAUUCUGAAGCAAUUUAUUCUGGUCGUUCUAUGUGUUUUCAUAAUCUUCCUGUACCAAGAAAUUCCGUUGAAGAUCCAGAAGUUCCAGAUUCACAUUUGGUUGAACUUCAUAUUUCCGGAAAAUCAAAUUUUAAUUAG